AUGAGAUCCCAAGCUCUCCAACGCAUCAGUCUUCGCUGGUUGCCCGACGCGGCAUUCGAAGACACUGUAACCAUCGCGCUCAAUGUCGGAGGUUAUUUCAUCGACUUGCGAGUGACUACCGAAGGAUCAUCAAUCCAAUGGAGCCGGGCAGGUGAACGAAUCAUUUUAAAAGAAGAGCCAUUAACAUGUCGAUGGACUCACAUCAUCGACUCUCUGGAUCUUACGGUGCCAGACGAAGCCUACUUUGUCAAGCUGGAGAACGGCGAUGAUCUGGAAAUAGGCUCCACGCCAUGCCCCCACAAACACGGUGCCGUGACGGCCUACGAGGAAGUGUGGCGAGAUAUAACCGCCAACAUGCAAGCGGGUGACCAGUCGUGGAUUCUGCAAAGCAGUGAUGGAACUACCUUUAUUGGAAAGGUUGGUACUAUUUACUUGGCUAUUAAGAAGGAUACGGAUGGAACGUUUACGGCACGGAAGGAAGAGCUGAAUGGAACAUGGAGGGUCUCGUUUGAGUCUGAAGGACACGCCCUCCCGCAAGUAUUGCAGGUUUUGAAGGAGUUCGAGGUUGAGGGCAGAGACUGGGCUGUUGGCCAGAAGGCUGUAAUUGCUGGCAUUGAGUACGAAGUAAGAGGAUUUAGCACAAGCUGA